GUGGGAGGCGCAGCACGGAGCCAACUAAAGCUAACGUUGCGGAGGGCAACAGAUAAACCUGAAUAUUACCAUACGUCUUUUACGCCGACAAAAAACUUAAGUUUCAUUUGACAUGUAACAGCAGUUAACUGUCGUUGGGUGUUUUGAAUAUUAACACUAAAAAAAGAGUGGGUUGUAAAUUAAAUCAAGUCUCAACAUUAGCAAACUGAGUAAGCACUAGUGGUUACGUUAGCAUACCAUUUGUACAGACAGUUACCAUGGUAACAAGCCAGCAGCUAUAACGCUAACUACGUUCGUAUUAACACCGCUAGCCAGUUGGUACCAGGUCGCUCCUGUGCAUCGUAUUAACAUCAAAAUCGAUGUGAAAAUGAGCAUGUUUUGUCAAGCCCGGAUGGUUCACGAGGUUUUAGAGGACGCCCUGGUGUAAGGGAUGGGAGAGCCGCCUGUGGUGAUCCUCCAGCACCAGACGAGUGGCAGGUAGUGACGGUGCAAAGGCAAUGUUGUGCUGCUGUGUACAAUGAAGAAGAUAUUCAGCUUCACUAAGAAAAAGAAGAACCCCUCCGGAACCCCUGACAGUGGGAGUGUGCUUUCCAUUGGCUAUGAACUAAAAGACAAGGACCUCGGGAAGGUUCACAAAGCUGCCUCUGCGGGUGAUUUGGCAAAGUUGAAGCAGCUUGCUAAAAAGAAUGACAUCAAUCAACUUGACAAGGAGAACAGAACUGCUCUUCAUAUUGCCUGUGCCAGUGGACAUGUUGAGUUGGUGCAGUUCCUCCUUGAGAGCAAAGCCAAGCUUAACCUAUGUGACAAUCAAAACCGAUCCGCCUUAAUGAAGGCCGUGGAGUGCCAGCAUGAGCGAUGUGUGAGCAUACUGCUGGAGAAUCAUGCAGAGCCUAACCUGGUGGACAUCAAUGGCAAUACAGCCCUACAUUUAGCAGCAAACAUCCCGUCCAUUUCCACUGCUGUCUUGCUGCUGCAGCAUGAUGCUGAUGUCAAUGCACAAAAUAAGGAGGCAUUCACCCCAUUGACUGUGGCAGUCCGCGAGGACCAUAUCGAGAUGGCUGAGUUUCUUCUCAAGGAGGGCGCUGAUGUGAAUUUUUUGGACCAAGAUCAAAGGUCCCCAUUAAUGAUUGCUGCUGGAAAUGGACAGAUUGGUAUGUUGCGGCUGCUGUUGCGGUACAACGCAGAUAUCACACUAAAAGAUACCAAAGGAUGGUCAGCAGAUGACUAUGCAGUGAUGAAUGGGCAUCAUCCUUGUUCCCUCCUGAUCAUUGAGCACAGUACCCAGAGGAACGAUGGACAAUCUCUGUCACAGCAAGGUCCAAGCAAAAAGAAGAAAAAAACCCUGUUGGCCAGUCCUUCCCAAGAUGUUGAAGCAGGCUUCACUUUGGGAGGACCAGCCACUGAUAAAGAUGAGCUCGGAGCAAAUGAAGCAGGGGGAGAUUUUGAAGACAAUUCUCAGUCAGAGUCACUAAGUCGGGUUUCAAAAAGUGCUGCUGAUGAAUGGCCUUCAUCAGAAGAAGAUGAUGAGUCGAUUUUAAUCAAACAGAAACCACAGAAGGUAAACCUAAGGAAAAUGAUUGCAUCUAAAAGGGGAGAAGCUUCUGCACUGCCUGACAGAACCUUGAGCAGUACAGAAUCUGAGCCAGAGAGUGAGAAUAGAGUCCGGAGAAUCCCAUCCCUCCCAAAGAGUUUUCCAGCCAGCAAAGCUCCGCAGCACCCAGUAGAUCCUUCUCCCAUUUCCUUCCUAUCCAAAGCACCCCAGAUGACCUCUACCCCUCUUCCAGGCUACAGAAAGAAAGAAGAUUCCACUGGGGAUGAGGAUGAUGAUGAUGAUGAUGACAAAGAGGAGGAAGAGGAGGAGGAAGGAGACAUCUCAGAUGAAAAUGAUCAACCUGAAGAGAGUGGAGAGUCCCUCGAUGCCUCCUUACCUGCUCCUGAGACAGAAGUCUCUAAAGAUAAGAAAAGAGAUUUCCUGUCUGAGCUGGGCCUAGAAAAGGGAGAGGAAGAGCUGGAUUCUUGGGACUCUGAGUCCCACUCUGAUAACCCCAGUAUGCCGCAUGAAGAGAAACAAAGCUUACAUAUUCAGAAUGAAGGAGAGAGGGCCCCUGUUGAAGACAGAAGCAAAGAAAACUUGUUUUAUAUUCCCUCUUUUUUAAGAGGGGAUGGAGGGAAUAGGAUGACAGUGCUAGAGCCUCGGAGGAGUGUAGGCAGGCCGAGAUGCAGCCAGGGAGAGGUUGGAAAUAACAGUAGCGCUGAUAAUGAAGGAGAACGUGUUGAUCAAAAUGGUACUGUGCAGAAAGAGACUGAGAAGGUAAAAUGGGAACCACUUUUGAGUAAACUUGAAGGUGACAAAGAUCGAAAGACAGACCUAAUGGAAGAGCUUGGUCUAGGUGAUGUCGAUGAUCUUGAAGAUGCAUCAGACUGGGACUCGGCCAGUACCACCAGUAAAAGAACCCUGCCUGGUCGCAGAAUGGCCUCCCCUGGACUUGAGGAGUUCCCAGAAUGGGCUAAUCCAUCUAUUAAAGAGCAGGAUGACGAUAUCGAUUUGGCGACUACCCUGACACCUCAGAGGAGCAGCGAAAAGCCGUCAAGCACACCCCCUCAACCUGUGCCACAUCCCCAACCUCGAGCAAGGAAGAUGGUGCUUCAAAAACCAGAGAGUGAAGAAGAAUCAGAUUGGGAACCAGAAAAAUUGGAGUCUUCUUCUGAUGCAGCCAACAUGGACAUUCAGAUGCAAAAUAUAGCUGAAAUUCAAACACCGGUUAGAACAGGUUCCCCUGAUAUCUCACCAGUGGAGGGGGACAGUAAAAGUAAUGUAGAAUCUGACAAGCAGCAACAAGAGGAGAAAGAUGAUGCGGAUGAUACUUGUAAGUUAGAUCUUAAUAACCCACGCUCAUCUGGCCAUGUGGUCUCUGACACUGGAGAAGAGCACAAAGAUUUUAGAGAUCAAUCCAGUCCUGAAGAACAAAGUGAAGCAGGUGAUAAAAUCCCAUGGGAGAAACGGUAUGAGAAGCUCUGGGUAGAGUUAGAGAAAAGGGAGGUGAAAUCCACCUUCAGGAAUGUUGCUGGCGAAUUAAAAGAGAAAUUUGGAGAACUGUUUAAAUCACGAUGUCCUGCAGAAGAUGUCACAGAAGAAGAACAUGCCAUGGCUGAAUCUACUUCUGCAGAAGAGUCAAGUGAUGAAGAAGAGGGCGAAGUCAUUGUGCGCCCCAUGGCCAGAGCGAGGAGCACUGUCCUUCUCACCAUACCUGAGCAGAGGGAGUCUGGCCUGGAAGACUCUGCGACAGAAUCAACUGACAAGUCUGUAUGCGAGGACAGGAUGGAGAUCUGUGAGUGUCCAGCUAGUGAGAGCAGCAUGUGUCAAGAGCCAGAUCUACUCACUGAAGAGGAGUGCAGGUCUCUGUCACCUCAGCUCACCACAGGACAGAGUGAUGGCAGCAUAGUGCAUGUAAGCACAGCUUUGACUCAUGAUCACACCGUACCUGUGUCAGAUGUUGACACAUUCUUAAAAGAUGAGGCCAAACCAGGGUCACAUCUAGACCAUAUCUGUAAGGUCAACACAUCUAAUCAUGAUGAAGCUCAUAAGAACCACGCAAGUUCAGAAGGGGAUCCUGAGGAGUCCAUCAUGUCUCACCCCCCUUCAAUAAGCAGAUGUUCAGCAUCUCUCCCGGGUGUUUCUGAUGAGGAGCUGGAAGAGGACAUGGAAAGGUUUAAACUUGAGGUUGGCAAAGAGACACCAAAGACUGAAAUGGAGGUGCAAAAAUCCGGUGCAUCCUGGGAUUCAAGUGGAAUGGCAUUGGAGGAAGAAGUUGCUGAGAAACCUGAGACCAGGUUAGGAUGCCUGUCGAGUCGAGCUGGAGUAAUUCAAAAGGAACAGCAGCCUAUGGCUGCCAAGAGCACCAACGGGGCACCAGUGCAAUUGCAUCUCCCAUUCCAGCAGAUCUACAAUAGCAACAAACAGGAGGGGCAAGCUAGAGAGGAGAACCUACAGCUGGAGCUGGUCAGAGGGGCCCAGCGCAGCAGAGCCCCUCAGACCAACACCCAUGUUAAUGGAGAUCCUCUCUCAGUGUUUGACGAUAGCACUUUAAGUGAGGUGUCGGACGAUGAAGGAAGGUUGUCACCCAGUGGAGAACAGAAAAGCGAGAAUCCUGAAGAAGUAGAGAUGGCAGAAGACUUUGAUGAGCUCACUCAGUCAUCAGACACAGCCACAGAUGACAUCGACUCUCCAACUUCAGGCUAUCGCCACGCAUCCCUGCUCAUUCAGAAGCUCGACUCAGCCACUUUGGACUCGAGGAGCAUGGUGAAGCUGCAGAACAUUUUCCACGAAUAUGAGCGCUCCAUUCAGAAGGCGAGGAGUCGCCACGGUUAUCUGGCAGACAAGGUGGGCCAGCUCGAAAUGGAGAGGGCAGAGUUGAAGAGCUCACUGGAGGAAGUUAAAGAUGUUAAAUCUGGCUUGGAGCGCAACCAGCUGGAAUUGCAGACUGAAGUCACAAACAUCAAGUUUCAGCUGAAACAGGAGCAGGAAAAUCGACGCAAUGCCACCAUGAUGUACAACACCACCAGAGAUAAGCUGAGGAGGACGGAGGAGCAGCAACAGUUGGAGGUUCAGGAGAGACAGAAGGUGGAACUCACCCUCAGGAAUCUGGAGCUGGAGAUGAGAACACUAGUCAACAACAUGAAACAGCUUGAAGAGGACCACAGCGAGACCCAGAGACUGCUGGCUCAGGAGCGCAGUGCUCGGACACUGCAGGAGAAUCUGCUCAACAGCCACCUCCGUAAGCAGCAGGAGAUUGAGAAUGAGAACAAAAGAAACAUAAGCAAGAGCAAUGAGGCCUUGUCUCAGCUCACUGAGGCCGGCGACAGGGAGAGGGAGUUGCACCAGCAGACUGCCAUCUUACAAGAGCAGCUAACAAUCCUGAGAACAGACCUCGAGCGUUCACAGGCCAACAGCAGCCUCAAAGAGAGCCAUCUUUUGGAGGAGAAUGAGGCCCUCAAGGAACAACUUGAAGAUGCUCGCAGAGAUCUCAAACUCAACAGUGAAGCACUGACCCAGACUGUCUUCAACUGUAAUAACCAGGUUACUGCCAUGAAGUCUGAGCUGGCUAUAAUGACAACCCGCCUGGAAAAUGAGCGGCAGGCUCGUGAAACACUGGAGUCAGAGGUUGAGUCCACCCGUACCCGCCUGGCUGGAGCUGUGAAGGAGGCAGAGCUUUGCCUGGCAGCUCACACAGACACAGAAAGAGCUCUGCUGCGAGAGAAAGAGGAACACCAGCGUCUUAAAGACAAGCUCACAGGUGAAGCUACCAGUCAACGUGAAGCAAUCAACAGCCUGUCGCAGAAGCUGUCCAAAGCAGAGGCUCGUGCAAACAGCAUGGAGAAUGAAGUUCAUCGUCUCACAAUGCAGCUGACUGAGAAGGGCCUACUGCUGGAGGUCCUACAGCGGGAGAAGGACCAGGCAGGUGUCCGUGUCAAGGAGCUAGAAGUGACUCUGCAGGCCGAGAGGGAGCUGGUCAGUCGUUCAGGAGCACGCCAAGAGGCCGCGCAGGAGAGGCUAGCCCAAGCGCAGAGUGAGAGCAUGUUACUACGGCAACAGUUAGAGGAGGCCCAAAACAAAGGUGUAGCAAAAGAGCGUGCUGUGACGGAUGCCCAAGAGCGCUUCAGUGACAUCUUGUCCAAGCUGCGCUCUGACUGCGAAGAGCGAGUCCAGCUAGUGGAGGAGAGGAAUAAGGAGCUCGCCAGCAAGGCUGCUGACCUUCGAGAUCAGAUCUACAAGUUAGAGGAGGAGAAGAACGAAAGAGAGACUAGUUUAAGGCAGCUGCAGCAGGAUCUAGCUGACUCACUCAAGAAGCUGUCAAUGAGUGAAGCUACUCUGGAGGUCAACACGCGCUAUCGCAGUGACCUGGAGGAAGAGAAGGCUCGACUCCUCAAAGACUUGGACAGACUUAAAGGAAAGCUGGACGAAAGCGAAGACCAGUAUGUGCAGGCUGAGAGACGAAUUAACAGCCUAAAGAGCAAACUGGAUGAAAGUGAAAAGGAACUCACCACUGCUGCUCAGAAACUCCAGGAGGCGCUGUCUGCCUCAGCAGCUUCUGAUACCACCAUCAGACAGCUGGAGGAAGCUGUGCAAAGGCUGGAGAUAGAGAACGCCAGGCUGGAAGCUGCUGCAAAGCAACAGUCCAAUAAAAUCGAUGCGCUUCAGAAAGAAGCCCAGGAAUCUGCCAUGCAAUCUGACUGCUCGCCUGGAGGAGGGGUCAGAGGUCAUUUGGAGGAUUUGGUUACAAACCUCCAAAGCAGUAAGAUGAAUUUGGAAGACCAACUCAGUAGAGAGGUCCAGAAGCAAAGCAUGCUGUCUCACACAGCCCAGGACUCUCAGGCCUUGUGGGAGGAGGAGCUGAAGAGCCGCUCUAAGUUAGGACUACGCCUGGCAGAGCUGGAAAAAGAAAAAGGAGAACUGAGCACCCAGAUGGAAAUAGAAAAGAAGAAAGCCAAGAAAAUAGCGGAGCAGAAAAAGGCUGUAGACACCCGACUGGAUCAGGAGAUGAAGAGAAACACAGAUCUUCAAAAAGAAAUGUACAGGUUGCGAACUUUAUUAAAGACUGCAAAGAAGAAAUUACGGGAUCAGGACAUGGGUGGAGCUGAAUUUGGCUCUCCUCUGAGCAGUCUGCGGGUGGACCAAAGCAGACACAGUCAGCCUGAAGGUGCCUUUGGACGGAUGAAGGAUAAGGUCGAUGAUCUUCAGGCACAGCUGGAGAAAGAAGCCUCUCGUCGCAGCCAGCUCGAGAGGGUGAACGGGGAUCUUAAAGAUCAGCUGGCCUCUCUUAAGAGCUUGGGCCGCAGUAGUGACCAGUUGGAGAGGAGUAAGAGGCAGUUGGAGGAGGAGGUACUUGACCUGAGACGCCGUUUGGAAACCUCUCAGAUGGAGCAGAGCCAGGUGGAGACGUAUCGGCGUGACGCAGAGGACAGGGCCCGCCAGGAAGUACAACAGAAACUGGAGCAGGUCAACCUGUUCCUGCAGUCACAGGCAGCAUCCCAAGAAGCAUUGGAUCAGAUUAAAGCAGCCAAUGAGGCCAACCUGCGCUCCCAGCUGGAGCAGAAAAUCCGAGAGAUGGAGGGGGAACUGGGCCGUGCCCGCACCACCCAGCAGGACAGCCUCAAUCAAAGAGAGUCCACGCGCACAGAGCUAGAACGAUACCGCCAACUCUACACAGAGGAGCUGCGCCUCCGCAAGUCCCUGGCUGCCAAACUAGAGAGGGCCAACAGUCGGCUCGCAGAAGCCAAUUCCAAGUUGCUCAACGAGCGCAGCAGAUCUCUGAUCACCAGCAGCAUCGCAAAUGGUAGCCUUGGAGGGCCCUCGUUGGAUGUGGGCUCCUUGGGUUCACCAGCACAAUAUGGGGCCACACUGGGGCCCCUCAACAGGAGCCUUGGCCUGGGACUCUCCCUCCUUAGCCCCGUUUCUGAGGGACAAAACAGCAGGGUUGAGGAUUACCUAGCCAAGAUGCAGAGCGAGUUAGAUAGAAACAUAUCAAAGGAAUUAAAUAAAGCCACAGCAGAGCUGGAUGUCGCUUCAGCCAGAAUGUCUCCAGUGGGCUCUGCCUCGAGGGUGGAGCUGGACCCCAUCAGCAGGGCGACGCAGCAGUACUUAGAGGUACUUAAGAAGAACAAUAUGAUCUAAACGUGCAUCACAGCUGCUUACAGUCCAAGUAUUUCAGCCAAUUAAAAACUUCAAACCUGCAGUGCAGAACUUUUGUCUGCCCUCUCUGUAGAUGUCAUACUCCUUUUCGCUGUAGCCUAACAGGGUUUGUGAACUCUGAAAUACUGCAAAAUAGAUUUGUGGUGGUGAUAAAUCAGCAUUGUGUGAUCUCAUCUGACAAGUCCUGCACUCUGGCUUUAAAUACGGACUGCAACAGCUUAAGGCCAAAUCCAACGCCCAGUUACGAACACGAAGAAUCCAGCUUUGUAUGUAUUUACACUCCAUUCUUUUAUGAAAAAACAUAACAUAAUGCACAUUGCACUUAACCACUCAGGAGCAAAGGGCACGAGUCAUAGAUAUAUAUUUCAUCAGUGAUGGGUACAAUUGGAGAAAACCUCAAAAGUAUUUGUUCCUUAUCAGUUAUGUUUGAUGUAUAACUGUUUUGUUCCAUUUAGCACUACAGAUUUGUGGUUUGGAUUUUUGUUUGUGAAUAUUGGUGUUGCUAAUUUGGAGGUUUAAGUAUUUGAUGUACAGUAUGCAUCAUUAAUGAUUUUGCCAAGAUGUUACAUUUGGUACGUGCCAUCAAAUGGUGCAAUAUCUGUCUUGGUCUUAUUCUGUUAGACUCAUUGGAGUGUUGUGUUUAUGAUUAUCUUAUUUAUUCAUUUUUUAUGAAAAUGAUAUACUUGAAUAAGACGCGCUGGAAUACUCUCUGGCAAUUGAAACAGGGUGACCACAUUUGUACAACUGUCAUUUCAGCCUUUGGUCAGCUCAAUGUUAGGGCCACCGAAAGUGAAACACACUUUUUUGUUUGUUUUUGUUUGUGUUUCCAUAAAUAUCCAUAAAUACUGUAACAGAAUCUAUAUAGGAAAACAUUUAUGACGACUGCACAUUACAGAAAACUCUAACGUUGUAAAUAAAAGUUAAGAAAACCCUGCA